UCGGCGUAUUUAGCACAUUUCCGCCGUUGUGCUGUUCUUUGUGAUAAUGUCGGCUGAACAUGAGGAUAGACCCAGAGACAAUGGCCCCGAGGGCAUGGAGCCGGAUGGAAUCAUUGAGGGCAACUGGAAGGAAGUUGUUGAUAGUUUUGAUGACAUGAACCUCCGUGAGAACCUUCUCAGGGGAAUCUAUGCCUAUGGUUUUGAGAAACCUUCUGCUAUUCAACAGAGGGCCAUUCUCCCUUGUAUCAGGGGAUAUGAUGUCAUUGCACAGGCUCAGUCUGGCACAGGGAAGACUGCCACCUUUGCCAUCUCAAUCCUGCAGCAGAUUGACAUUGAGAUGAAAGCAACACAGGCUAUGGUCCUGGCCCCCACCAGAGAGCUAGCCCAACAAAUCCAGAAGGUGGUCCUGGCUCUUGGAGACUACAUGGGUGCUACCUGCCAUGCCUGUAUCGGUGGGACUAAUGUUCGUAAUGAAGUACAGAAGCUGCAGGCAGAUGUGCCACACAUCGUGGUGGGAACCCCUGGGAGGGUCUUUGAUAUGCUCAACCGACGAUAUCUCUCUCCGAGAAACAUAAAGGUGUUUGUUCUGGAUGAGGCUGAUGAGAUGUUGAGCAGAGGAUUCAAGGAUCAAAUCUAUGAGAUUUUCCAGAAGCUGUCGUCUGAGAUUCAGGUCAUUCUCCUGUCGGCCACCAUGCCCCAGGAGGUGCUUGAUGUCACCUCUAAGUUUAUGCGGGAACCUGUGAGGAUCUUGGUCAAGAAGGAGGAGCUGACCCUGGAGGGUAUUCGUCAGUUCUACAUUAAUGUGGAGAAGGAGGAAUGGAAGCUGGACACUCUGUGUGAUCUGUACGAGACUUUGACCAUCACACAGGCUGUCAUCUUCAUCAAUACACGCCGGAAGGUGGAUUGGCUGACUGAGAAGAUGCAUGCUAGAGACUUUACAGUCUCUGCUUUGCAUGGUGACAUGGACCAGAAGGAGAGGGACUUGAUCAUGAAGGAGUUUCGCUCUGGCUCUAGUCGUGUGCUAGUCACCACUGAUCUGCUGGCUCGAGGCAUUGACGUGCAGCAGGUUUCCUUGGUUAUCAACUACGACCUUCCUACAAACAGGGAGAAUUACAUCCACAGGAUUGGGCGUGGUGGCCGUUUUGGCAGAAAAGGCGUCGCCAUCAACAUGGUGACGGAAGAUGACAAGCGCACGCUCCGGGACAUUGAGACCUUCUACAACACCACUGUGGAGGAGAUGCCCAUGAAUGUGGCUGACUUGAUCUAGAACUCUUCCCAUUCCUUCACUCUGCAUUCCUUUAGCUCCCAUUCUUUGGACUCAUUACUGCUCCUCUUGCUCUGUAAUUCCACAGGCUAACAGAGAUCAUUACUCUUAUCGCUGUUGAAAGCAAAACAUGAUCAUUUGCAUUGUAUUUUUGAAAACUUGGUGUUCUUAGGAUUUAUGAUUGGAGUGAGCCUUGCACAUUCAAGUUGUUCUUUAAACGAGGUGUGCCAUCUGUAAUUUUAAAGUGAGCUGUGCAGGGCAUGUUAUCUUCAAUUUUUUUUUUUUCCCUGUCAUCCGAAGAGUUUGGCACCAAAUGGCUAUAUUGGACAUUGUUUUGCCGUUUUGCCACAUUAUGGUUGCUCUAGUAGUUUGUUUACAUAGGGUGUUGGUGGCACAGUCCUAUAUCUGGUGGAGCCCAUCUCACUUGACUGGGUGUUAAGAAAUGAACCCAUCAUGUAUUCCCAGUAUUAACUCUGCUGUGGUGUUUGCUUGUUUGUUUUUUUUUUUUUUUGUUUUUUUUUUGCCGGUGGGUGCAGGUGGUGUUGGAACCUGAAGCUUUAGGCUUUUAUGGUGCUCAAACAAAAUUCCUGCCCUCUCUGUAUGAAAUGCUAGUGCACAGCUGGAAUGAAAAAUCAUUACCAAACUGUUGUGUUCAGGAUCCCCCCCUCUUUUUUGUUGAAAUAAACCACUUGUAUAGUGCUGUUUUGUAGUAGCAUUUUCCUCUAAAUAGACAUUUCUUAUUUCACUGGUAGGGCAGGUGGCUAAGUGUGAUAAGAUGGCAGGUUACCACCACAUGGCGUAUUGUAUAGAUUCACUGUAUUAAGUCCUACGUAUUGGAGAGUUGCUCCAGUAACCUACCUCACCAAAAUAUAUUGGAGGGGUCUUAAAAGGACCAAACUACAAAAUGAUUGAGUAUAUAGAGAUUAUAAUGUUACUUUUUUUCUGCUUGUUAAAAUGCCUGUCUUGUGGGAAUGUGGGGAUUUACAUUGGUCAGUGCUAUUUUUAAAUGAAUUUAUUAAGAAUGUGAUUGUUAACCUUUUUCAGACAGAAGCCGUGUAUUAAACUUUUUCUACAUUGGAUUCUGUAUAGUAUUUAUUUUAAUUCUCUUAAAUAAAGGUAUUUCUUUUUAACAAGUCAAA